AUGCCCACGGCCCCUCGCCCUCCCCGCCGCCGCCAGCCUGGAGCUCCUCGCCGCAGUCACCAGACUCCCCACAAGGCCGCCGGAUGCCGCCUUCACCGCCACGCAGCCGGACUCCUGUUGCCACAGCAGGAUGAAGACGCUCAGGGCUGGAUGCCUCUGUGGCCGCUGUCGCUGCUUCCAGACUCUUCUGGGGCCCCCACCCUGCCCAGCACCAGACUCCCAAACCCCGGCUGGACGCCGAUGCUGCCCACCAAAGCCCAACGUCAAUGCACGUCACCCCACGCCCACACCUGGCGCCCUGCAGCUGACCAGACCCUGAUGCAGUUGCGUGUGAAUGCCACUCUGGAGCUCCAGGCUGCUGCCACCGGACUCCAACAGGGACACCAGACAGCGGCACUCAGCACUGGACACCGACGUCAUCACAACUGCAGCCAGACCCCUGUCAACACUGCAGGACAAAAACGCUCCUGUCUGGACACCUCCGUUGUGACAUCGGGAGUCCUCUGCUGCCGUCGCCACCGGGACCACGCUGGAACCGCACUCCAAACAGCAUCUGUUCGCGGACACCUCCACAGACGCCCUGAGGCAACACUCAACUGCUGACCUUGGGCUCAGGACACCUUAUGCCCAAAGCAGCUGCGUGUUGCUGCCGCUGCCACUAGAGGCCGCCAUUCCACGAUGCUGUUGCUGUAGCCACUCGACCCCAAGGCUGCUGCUCUGCUGCCCAAGUUCGCAGGAGCUGGAAGCUGGGCAUUCUCCAUCACAGUCGCCUCAGCAGCAUCCACUGCUUUCACCUGCCUUUCAUCCCCCAGGAACAGAACCCAUCCUUCUGGCUCCUUGAGGAAUUGGGGCACUAACUCAGGGACCUCACCCAAGGGAAACAACUUUGCCCCUUAACUUGCACCCCUUCAGCUGACCAUCAGGAAGAAGGAAACAGCAGACAAGCUUGAGGAUCAGAAGGACACCAGCCCUGCUCUAGUCAUGCUGGAAGCUGACUUGCCUGCACACACCCAAAGCUUGAGGAAAUACCAGCCCUGCUUCAGCCACUUGGGGGCUGGCUGCUCAAUGCAAGGUGGAAGAUAAAGUAACCAACAGGACAAGUGGACAGUUCAUCCUCUAAGAUGGCUCUCGUACUGUGACCAUUGACACCCAUUGCUUCUAUCAUCUACAUUGUCCUUUCCUCUGUCUUCACUACAGGACUGAGAACAAUCAAACACAUAGCUGACAAUGUCAGGAAACUAGCAUGUGUACCAGUUCAAACCUGAAAGGCCAUUGAGGCUUGGGAUCCAAGCUCGCUAUGUGGAGGAUGGUUUCCUGUUCUUGGUGGAUUCAAAGGCUAAAUUGACAUAACAGAGAUUAUGCUAUUGUUUUUACUUUGUUUGUCUCCUCUAACAUUAAAUCUAUUGAGAUUACUAUGGGAAGCAACUAUUUAGAGAGAGAGAGAGAGACAGCACCUAAGAUAUGACAUGAUGUAAAACUUUAAGCCAGGAAGAUAAUGAUGCUCCUUGGUUUGAGCACCUCUUUGUUGUUAAGGUCAGGUUUCUCUCUCUUGUAAAGUUAGGGCUGGUAUUUUGGUUCAUUGCUAGAACACUUGCCUAUCAUGUGUGAGGCACUGGGUUCAAUUCUCAGAACCACAUAAAAAAAUAAAAUAAAGGUAUUGAGCUCUUUUACAG